AUAAAAUCGGCCUCUGCAGGCGGGACGAUCCGCUCAUCGCGCGCUGUGGUCGGUGGUUGCUUUGUAACAUUUACGGCAAGUGGCGUCGGGUCCUGCUUCGUAACAGUGAAUCCCCCACAACGUUGCGCUGGUUGUGUAAUAGGGUAGAAUUUUGUCGUCAUAUCCCGCUGGGCGUCGAAGUUGCAGAGUACGGAACCCGCCUUGCUGCGGCGACUGGCAAAGCGGUGGCGGUCAGUGGCGGGACUGCAGCAAUCGAGUCAUGACCCGAAUCAUUGUGCCUCUUGAUGAAAUCCCACGGAGCCCGAGUUGUCCUUGAGUAGGCCAGGACGGAACUGGUUUUACCUGCCUUCUGGUGCUGGGCCAGCUGAAGCACCCUGCUUCUAGGGUGACCGCGUGCCGUGCGCGAUCUCUGCCUUUAGCUGACAUCCUCAGGAAGCCGUUUACAGUCUAAAUCGAGCCCCCGACUAGUACGUAAACCUCCGUUCACUACGAGGCAAUGCGACAGAACCCCCUUUCCGUAAGAAGGCGGGGCCGGCUUAGGCCGGCUUCUCCCUCACGGUCGACCGACGUCGAGGGCCUCCCUUACCUCAUCUCAUCCAUCAAGGCCCAUCUGAUGUCGCUGACACCAUUCUCCUCGUCCACCCCAGGGGAUGAUAUCCGCAAGCUUGAAAUUACUUUACGCCACUACGAGGCUGGCUAUGAAUCUCAGGCGGUGCAGAUCAGCAAGCUACAGGGGGAGAUCGUCAAGCAACAAGCUACCAAUGCGUACCUGCAGCAAUGUCUCGAGGAGGAACGGGCUAAGAAUGCAAGCUCCUCAACAUCCAGCUCUGUCGAGCCUACUACGAUGAGAGGCGGGCUGGCUCUCGAUACGCCACCGUGGUCCGAUCGCGGCAGCGUUGCUCGGUCUUCCACAUUGGAAGACAGGAUCCAGCGCAUGGACUCUGCAAAUUCGCCUUCGCCCUUGAAGUCGCAUGCGCACAACGUUACGGUUACAUAUUCCAAGAAACGCAAGAUCGCGCCCGAUCCAGAGCCAUCGCACGAUAGGCAACCAUUGUCCGUGGAUGAUUCAAGUCUACGGAACUCUCACAAGAAACAGAAGUCCAUGGUCCAUGUGCUCAUACCGUCUUUGAGUCAGGCGAAGAGGAGGGCGUUCUCGAAAGCUCGAACUCCGCCUCCUGAUUACGGGCAAAAUAUGGCAGGGUCGUCGAGGAUGGCGACAGUCAAGCUUGAGCCAGAAGAGGUUGUCCAGCCUCUCAUGCCGCCUCCUUCCGAACUCGAAGAACAGGUGCACCUUCGCUCAUGCUCCAGAGACGUGUCGUACUUUGAUGAGCCCAAUCCGUCUCGGGUGACGACAUACAAUCUUCGCAAACGACCAUCGAGGUUGACGAAUUCCUCUCCUACCAUUCAUAGCCCUGCUUCAUCCCGUGCGGCGGAGCGAGGCGGCAUAGAUCGUGCGCAAGGAAGUGACGUGCAGAUGAGGGAGAAGGGAAUUAUCGCGGUCUGCUACUACUUCUCGUCACAAAAGUCUCCAUCACCCGGUCCAGACGCGGUGGAUCGAUGGGGGGAUAUGCGCACGCUCGACGUCCAAAUCUCCGACAAGACGCCUUUGCUAAAGGUGGCGACCAGAUUACAGCUAUCGACGAUCCUCGGUGGGUGCUCACUUAGGACGUGCGUGUCGUCGAACGGCCGCAACUUCUUCUAUCCCACGCACGAGUACCAGCCCUGGCGCCCGUGCAACCCAGGCCAACCUGGGCUAUUCUUGCAUGCGAACCCGACCGCACAGUGGGAGGGAGACAUCCAGACAGUCUUCGUCGCGCUGUACCAGGCGAAGUAUCGGUACGUCGGUGAGUACAAGAUGACCCAGGCCGAGCCACUAUCAUCGGAAGAGUUCAAGACCUUAUCCCCGGUGAUCAAGAAGAGGUGGGUGGACUAUGUACGGGUUGAGGCGCACUUCAAGGCCAUCCGCAUCCGCAUCGUGACGAGGCGCGACCAGAAGCGCGGAGCCACUGCGCAAGAAGUCCUGACCGCAGUUGGCGAGAACACGGUCGCCCGUACAGGGGAUCUGACUGCUGAAGACGUCAUGCGAGCAUACGAAAGCGGUGAAGAGGCGAGUUUAUUACCUACCUUCAAACGUUUCUUUUGCCGACUCUCCUGCCUACUAGAGGAUGCAUGUUUGGCGGAUGCAGUGUGA